UCCUAGUUCAAAUACCUAUGCGGUUGUUUCAAAAGGUCGCCUGCCCAGCAGAGGGAAGACGCGAGCGAACAGCAGAACAGUUCCACGAAGAAGACAACAGCGACUACGAAGAAGCAACGCGGUCAGGAUGACGACCGCGACCAAGGUUUACCGCUGCCGGGCUCUUCACGGCUACGCGGUGAAAGCGUCGCCGUUCCUCCCGCGCAGACUGGCGUGCGCCGCCUCUCAGCACUACGGCAUAGCAGGUAGCGGCUCACUCUUGGUGCUGGAAGACGCGCCUGACGGCGUCCACCUUGUUAGAAGAUGGGAGUGGAGCGACGGCGUGUUCGACUUGUCCUGGAGCGAAAUCGACGAGAAUGUGCUGGUGGCGGCCGGCGGCGACGGCACUCUGCAACUGUGGGACAUGCGACGGCCCGACGCCGCCCCCUUGCGGGUCAACAAGGAACACACACAAGAGGUGUACUCGGUGGACUGGAGCCAGACCAGAGGCGAGGACGCCAUAGUAUCGGGUUCCUGGGACCGCACGGCCAAAGUGUGGGACCCCUUUCUCGGCCGAUCCUUAUGCACGCUCGUGGGUCACCAAGGGGUCAUCUACAGCACAGUUUGGUCCCCUCACAUCCCGGCGUGCUUCGCUUCAACCUCAGGUGACGGGACGCUCCGUGUUUGGGACACCAAGGCCGGCGCCUGUCGAUCGGUCGUCCCGGCCCACCGUGCCGAAGUCCUGAGCUGCGAUUGGUGCAAAUACGAUCAGAAUAUCCUAGCGACGGGCUCGGUGGACGGCACCGUUUGCGUUUGGGAUUUGAGGAACCCCAGACAGCCCGUCAAUCAACUGAGAGGCCACGCCUACGCGGUCCGACGGGUGAAGUUUUCUCCGUUCAGCAGCGACAUCUUGGCUUCCUGCUCGUACGACUUAACUGUCAGGUUUUGGGAGCGCAAGAGGAACCUUCCUUUACUGGAGACAGUGACGCAUCACUCGGAAUUUGUGUGCGGCUUGGACUUCAACCUGCACGUGCCCGGCCAGGUAUUGGACUGUUCGUGGGACGAGACGGUGAAGAUCUACACGCCAUCUUGUUUGUCCGCCCGUGACGUGGAGGGGUCGCGGCCGACCUGACGGUAGCCCCUCGUGUCGAAAAUGGGUCACUGUCACGAGCGUCUGGCGGGAAAGAUGCCGGACGGUGUUUUUUGGCUUCUAGCUCAAUAGACGCUACGCAAAAACCUAAAUCGUGAGCUCGCUGAGCACAAACCAUGGACGAGUUCAACAUGCUGCUGUACAGUGUGUUCACAUAAGUGUUCUUGUUAAUGAAUGUUGAAACGCGUGUAUGUGUGUGUUUGCUCAUCGUGCGUGUGUCAACGCCUUAAUGAAGUGUUUGAUGUUGCUGGUAAAAUGAACGUCUGCUAAUCUUCGAGCCACAAUAGACCCCCUCCUCCGCGUGCUAAUCUUCUGGCCGGGUUAAUUGGAAGGGUAAUCCCGUUCCCGCUCCCCGCGUUCGACCUCAAAGUGAUUUUCUGAUGAAAAGUUUCAAUUAAAAGGAAAGGACUUUU